CACUUGCAGUGUAACCGUGUAGUAGAAGAAGAGGGAAGGAAAUAAGUCGAGAGGCAUAACUCAUAAGAAGAGAGAGACUGUCUUCAAGAGAUAGAAGAGACCAAACGGGAGACUGAGUUGGUGCAGCGAGUCACGAACCGAGUGACCGAUUUAACAUUUUUUUUUUUACAAAGAGAGAAAAAUAGAAGAGGGUGAGUAAGAGUCGCUUGUUCGGGGUGGUGUGGCAAUACCCAAAUAUGGAGAACAACGAGAUGAAGAUAAAUGGCAAUAGAGCCCUUUCUCGCACUUUACUUCCUGUUUCUCACAUUCCCAUUGUUACCUCUCCUUCUCUAACCCUAACUCUUCUGUCUCUAUUUUUGGCUUUUACCCGAGUCGUCGUAAUUACCAAACACCAUCGAAUCACAUUAAUUUCUUUCUGUUCUCAUCCUCUCGUUGUUCUCUGGCACUGGUUCUCUACUUUCUGGGUUUCUUUUCACGGAGAAUUGGGGAUUGUGUUUGACUGGGAGUGAUCAUGUUAUGAAGCAUGGUGUGAUGCUCACGGGUUGACCAGUGUAGAACCACAAGUGGCCAGUUUUAACAAAUUGUACUCGAUGGAAGGGUUUGAUUGUACUAUUUUUGAUGGUGCUGCGAGGAAGAAGAGGAGUCAAAUUUCUCGUCGACCUUGGCCUGAGUCACAGCCAUAUCCCGAAUUUCAUGAUCGUUCAUCCUUCUCAUCUACCCCUUCUUUGGAUGAUGUGAGCAAGGUUUCCAGUUGGGAGAAUGGUUUUGAUACUAAUCCUAGGAGGAAGGAGCUCAAUCAUAGUCAAUGUUUCUCUCCAGAUUGUGCUGUAGGAGCUGAAGAUGAAAAGUCACAUGUGAACAAUGAAGAGAAUGGAUUACUCACCGCUAUUGUCAGUUGUGAGGAAGGACAAAGUGUUGACAAACAAUCUGGUAAAGGUAUCAUUGCCUCUGGUAAUUGUAAAAACACAAGCAAGGUUAAGGCUGGCUUGGCCCCAUUCACAUCUAGGGAAGAAAUCUACAUUGGAAGGAAAGUUGAAAGUCAGAAUUCAGGGAAAUAUGGUGGGAUUGCAGAAAGAUUAGGAAGUGAGAACAAGGUGAAAAAGGUUGUUAAGCUCAAGGUUGGUGGUGUCACGCAUACAUUUCAUGCCAACUCUGCAUCUAAAGUUUCAGAUGGCGGAAUGCUUUCUGCAAAGAAUUAUCAAUCCUCAGAGGCCUCUAGAUUAGGGCCAGAGAAUCUUCAGGGGGAUUUAUGGCAUGGCCAUUAUGUGCCAGAUAGGAGUAGCUGUUUGCAAGGAAUUCGUCAGAAGGAUUCCUCGCAUGGUGGUUUUAAUUUCAGAAAGUUGUCUUCAAUAGUGAAGAUGUCUGGAAAGAAUACCUCUGGAAAGGUAGGAGAUAAGUUGGAACGAAUUCGUAAAAGCAAGCGAGUUCCUAAGAGGCAUGUGUUUGAUGGAGAAUUCGGCGAGGAAGAUGAUGAUGAUGAGAUCCGUUACCUGGAGAAACUCAAAUUGAGUGUUGAUGCUUCAUAUAAUAAAGAAGAGGAAGGGCCAGGCAAGAAACGGCGGAGAUUCAGUAAGGUUGGUAACCUGGAAAGUGAUUCUUCCAAAUCAGUUGAAGAUUGGAGGAAGAAAUUGGGGCCAGAAAGAGUUUGUGGUGACAUGGAUUUCCGGGAAGAUGAAGAACUAGUCUCUGAUGGUGAGCUUGAAAGUGAUGACAAGCAGAAGAAGGAAUCUGUUGAUACAUCGUCAGAUGGGAAGAGGGCAAUUGCUCUCACAAGACGUCAACGGGCUCUUCGAUCGAACAAAGACAAAGACGGCCCUUCUAACCGUGGAUCAAGCUUAAUCGAGUUUCCGGAUGGAUUACCACCUGCUCCGUCAAGAAAGCAAAAAGAGAAACUUUCAGAAGUGGAAGAGCAACUGAAGAAAACUGAGGCUGCUCAGAGACGUAGAAUGCAGGUUGAGAAGGCUGCUAAGGAAUCUCAGGCUGAAGCUAUUAAAAAAAUACUGGGGCAAGAUUCUGGUCGGAAGAAGCGGGAAGAGAAAAUUAAACAACGGCAAGAAGAAUUGGCACAGGAGAAGGCUGCCAAUGCACUGAAGGUGGCACCAAACACCAUCAGGUGUGUCAAUGGUCCAACUGGGACUGUGGUGACGUUUUCUGAUGAUUUGGGUUUUCCUAGUAUAUUCAACUUCAAAUCCUGCAGCUAUCCUCCUCCGCGUGAACUCUGUGCAGGCCCAUUGUGUGCUAACCCAUACAAAUACCGGCACUCGAAGCUCAAUGUUCCUCUUUGCAGUCUCAAGUGCUACAAGGCUGUUGAGGAGAUGACCAAAACUACCAAUUGAGGUUUGCCAAAAUUUUGCUACUGCAGACAUUCCUGCAUGUCCUUGGUAAUAACAGACCUUCUUAUUAGAGGUUAGAAAGAUCUUGUUCUGAACUUAUUGUAGAAAAGAAUUCACAAAUAUUAUUAUAUGGCAACCAUUAUGAAAGGUUUCGAAUUGAAGGUGAAGCGAGGCACAUUAGAUUACUCUGUGCCAAGCAAUGCAUGUUAAUCUUUCAUUAAACGCAGGAAAUACUUUUGAUGCUACUCUAUUUGGGAUCCAAUCCCAAGUAAUAAGAAGUGUUUUGGUCUUGGAGGC